CGCCAGUCUUCAUUGAGUGUUCCAACGUCUUAGUUGUUCACAUUUGACGGUGCCCAACUUUUCGCUCUGUGGGAAUUUUUUUCACUUUUCCCAACAAGAAGGAACAACCCCUUAGAAAUUUUUAUAGUUUAACGGAAAAAAACGAAGUAUUUUUGCAAUUUCUCCCCCGCAUCCCUAAAUGUGGAAUUCUCUCUCAGCCUCUCCCAUUUAAAUGAAAAUUUGCCUACAAGUGUGCUUUUACCGUCCUCCCUGUGUGAAAGAAAAAAGAACUUCAACCCCGUAGAAAAUCGUGGAAAUUUGCGUGAAAAAAAGUGUUACAAAAAGAACAUCUGCAGAGGAUUUAUAUGGUGAAUAAAUUCAAUGAUGUAAUGAGAAAAGAAAGGAGUGCAACAAGAGGAGAUAAAUUGUGAUCAACAACGCUGAAAAACGGAAGUAGAAUCAUUACUCAGCUGCUGCAAAUGAUUACGGCGGAAACUCCCAUCGUCUCAAUAUAAGUGCAUUUGGAAUGAAAUGGCACGGUGACAAAAUAGGAAUCUUCCGCCAUUGACUGUUGCUCGUCGUGUUUCUCCUCAUAUACUACACACAACCAGAAAAUCUCUCUAUCGUCUCAUCGAUAUUCUAUUUGACGGUGCAAAAAGGUGGAAAACUAAUUAAAUACGGAUAGUGCAUUCUAUUGGGUAAUUUCCUCCUUUUUUUGCAAACAUUUUUCUCACAACGACUCGCGUAUUUUUUUGUGGACUGUCCCAGCGCGCGCAAUAGAAAUUAAAGAAGAAAAAAAAAUCAAGCAACAUCGCUUCGUCGAUUAUAGGGAUAUUAAAUGUAUACAGGUGAUAUAGUAGGAAAAUCUCGUAUAGUUUGUGUGAGUGUGAAGCUGCAGAACGGGCCAUUUACUACUUCGCGACACGAAACGUCAUGACCGAAUGCGAGGUGCUACGAUGCACCUGCAAGGGCUGAGUCAUUUGCAAGUCUACGACUCAACCCUGGAGGCUCUCACCAAGUCAGGGCUCAUACUUGUCCUGGGCGUCGCCAUUGUCGCAUCUAAUAUACUAAUUAUUGCAACAUUCCUUAAUUUUAGAGGUCCAUCCGAAGUAAUAAAUUACUAUUUACUGUCUCUGGCGGUCGCUGAUUUACUAUGCGGACUACUCAUUGUACCUCUAUCUGUGUACCCAGCCCUAACAGGAGAGUGGAUCUACGGCGACAUCUUGUGUCGCUUCAUUGGUUACUUGGAGGUGACACUGUGGUCAGUCACAGUUUACACAUUCAUGUGGAUUUCGGUAGAUAGAUAUUUGGCUGUACGAAAACCUCUCCGAUAUGAGACGGUUCAAACGAAAACAAGAUGCCAGUGUUGGAUGGCAUUCACGUGGAUUUCAGCUGCAAUGCUGUGCUGUCCACCACUGUUGGGCUUCAAUAAGGCCCAAUUUGACGAGGAGGCGUACGUGUGCAUGCUCAAAUGGGGCAGUAUGACGGCAUAUAGUGCCACCCUGGCCAUCCUAGUCCUCGGUCCCAGUGUAAUCUCCAUCGUUCACAACUACGGCUACAUCUUCGUCAUGAUGCGACGCCUCAAAUCCGGCGCCCCAAUUCACGACAAAGAAUACGCAACAGCAUUGGCGGAGAAUCUCGCCAAUCCCAGUCAUACCAUGUCCUUUGCCCUAAUCUUCAGCUUCUGGCUAUCGUGGAGUCCCCUAAUUGUGGUGAAGUUCUACGAAGGCGUCACAGGAGAUGUCUUUCAGAAUCCCCUCGUACAUUUCGGCAUUGUUUGGUUUGGUGUUCUCAAUUCUCUGUGGAAGUUCAUCAUUCUCACGGGGAUGUCACCGCACUUCCGGUUGGCGCUGAGAAUUUUCUGCCUGACAAUUUGCUGCAGGACAAAGGGGCGCCUCCAGGCGGAACUCAUAGGGCUCGAUCCGGAUGAUUAGUACAGCCUGUGUGGUGACCUCAAUGAGCCAACGGACAGAGUUGAGAACUUCUACACGCUCAUAAGGAAUUAAGCCACGAACAAAAAGAUAGAAAUGAAAAAAAGAAAGAAAAAAAUCUUGAAUACGUCGCGCAGCAUUAAAUGCAUCAAGACGUUACAAUGUGAUCGUUUUUUUUUCAAAUACACUGUGCAUAAAAAAUCAACGUUAUUAAAAAAUCGUUAGGAACGUUAGGAAAAGAAAAAGUUAAAAAAAAUGAUGAAAGUGCGGAAGGUGAGUAAAAUUAUUCCCAAAAUGUGGAAGAAGAGAAAAAUAUAAUAAAUAGCAUUACAGACUCGCUCAAUAUUUACAUAAAAUAACUAGAAUUUAUAAAAGUAUUUAGAAUGAAGAUUAACUAACUAACUAACAAACAAAAUACUAUAUUAAUAAUAAAAAUGGCGGAGAUGUUUGAGAAGUUCGUGGAGCUUUUUUUUAAGUUUUCUAACCUCAAAUUUCAAAUCUCAAUAUUUGAUAUGUUUUCCUCUGAUUAACUUUUCUUUAAACCAUACAAAAACUUACUAAAAUAAUAAGAAUUUUCCUUCUUUUUCACAGUUAAACUUAAUUUAAAUUAAUUCUAUUGCGGUGCAAAAGAGUCUACGAACUUCUUCAACAUAACCUAACCUCAAAUAUUAAAAAAAAAUUCUGAGAUAUUAACCAGUAUUUCAACAAUUUUCAGGGCUUACAUAGACAGAAAAAAUGCAAGAAUAAAAACAUAAAUUUACGUAAUUUUGAUUAUAAUAGAAAGCAACUUAAAAAACUAUCACAAAUCGAGUGAGGUUAUAACUGAAAAAAAAAAGAAAAAUAAAUAUGAAAACCUAAAAAAAAUAAAACCCAAUCGUCAUUCGGAAUCUAUUAAAAAACGAUCCUUAGGACAGAAAAGAAACUUUCAAAAUGAAGAAAAAAAAGCGAAAUAGAUCUUAGAAUUAUUAUAGAAUUAAAAAAUAUAGGAAUUAGAUUUUUUUCUAUAGUUGUACACGUUAAAAAAAAUCUUAUUAUAGUAGUUGAGUAGGAUUAAAUGUAGUUUGCGAUUUGUAGAAAAAUAAUGUUUAAAGAAGAAAAGAAAAAUAUUUUAGAAUAAAAAGAAAAUAAAUAAAAAUAAAUACAGGAGAAAUUGAAAAAUCUAAUAUAUUGCUCUAAAACACGGGAUUGUUGAAUCCUUUGAAUGCAAUUAAAAGUUUAAAAAAAAUGAAAAAGCACAAGAAGUUGUCGUGAAAUCGAGAUCAAACUUGGAGGAUAAAGGAAAUUGGAUUUUUGUGUAAACAUAAAUAUCGAUUUGCAAUGAUAAAAAAGACACUGUAGUGUUAAAAAAAACAUAUAAUAAAAAAAUAUUUAUCUAGUUUUAGUAAAGAAUAUUAAAUUUUACGUAUAAUCGCUUUCAAGAAUUAAAAAGGAAAAUUGCUGAAUUUUGAGGACUUUAAAAGAAAAAAUGUGAAUUGCGGUGUUGAUGUUUACGAAAUUAACAACGAAUCUAAACAGAAUUUAAAUAAAUGAAGCGCAGAUUUUUUUUACGUUGAUAAAAAGAAAAAUUCUUAAUAAGAAUUUUAAGAAAAAAAAAUAAGCCGCAAAAGAACUGCUUGCACUGAGAAAAAUCAUUGCUCAGAGGCCAUUCUGAAAUGUUUUCAUUUUGAUUUUAUUUUUCUUUUCAUUUCUGCAUGUAUUUUGUGAGGCAAAUAGCAACAAAAGUUUUCAAUUUAAACUCUCGAUGUGGAUAAAAAAAAUUAACUUUCUCUAGUAAUGUAAUUCUUAAAUUAAAAAAGAAAAUCAAUCAACGUAAAUUAAGGAUUGAAAGUUAUCUGCAAAUAAAAAAAAUAAUAAUAAUCAGGUCGAAUUGCUGGACUGUUAUAAGCAAUUUUGUUUAUGAUCUUUCAGUAUGAAAAGUAUUUUUUCGGUCUGUAAAAAUAUUCUUUCAGUCUGGAAACAUAUUUUUGGUCUGCAAAAAUAUUUAUUCGGUUAGAAAAAAUAUUCUUUCAGUCUGCAAAAAUAUUCUUUCGGCAUUGAAAAAUACUUUUUCUUUUACUGAUCUAACCAAAUGAAAACCUUCUAUUUAUUUUACAAAAAAUUAAACCCUUUUGGUGUGAAGAAAACCAUAGAAUUACUUUAACAAAAAAAAAUAGAACACGAAUAGAUUUAUUUAUUUAAAAAAAAAUUGUAAAUUUCUGAUGCCUGUAAAUAAAGAAAAAAAUAAUAAUUUCGACAAAUCACUUUCACAAUAGAAAAUCUAUUUAAAAAAAUAACGUAGAAUUAUUUUUAGAUGAACUGCAUUUAAAUGAAAAAAAAAUAUUUAUUAAAAAUAUAGGUACCCUAUAUAACUUCAUAUUUUGAUAUGAUAUUAAGGUAUUAAAAGAAAAGAAAAAAAAAGUAUAUAACCACAUGUUUAUUUUCUUAAUUUUUAUGAUUAAAUAAAAGAAAUUUCUUUUAAUUUCAAAUUAAUUUUUAUCGUCAAAUUUCGGCGUAUGUUUCCACAGGGCCUAUAUAUAUAUUGUACUGUUUGAUGAAAGAAAAAAAAGUAAUAAAAAAAUACUGUGAAAGUUUAUUAAGAAAAAAAACCGCAGACUUCUUUCAACAUAUAAAUUACUUAUAAAAUACCCUUAAAAAAGGCAAGAAAAAAAGAACUUACUAACACGGAGCAUUUAAAAACAACAAAAAACAAUAUUUAUUAAUAAAUUUUCUUAAUAAUUUUCUAAACAAAAAAAAACGUGAUCUGUUUCGUAAACCUGAUAUAAAUUACAUAAGUUAAUUAAUUUACGUAAAAGUCAAAAAAAAUUACAUAAAGAUAAACACUUGUCCUGUAGAGAGAAUAUUAUAUUAAUAAAUGUGAAAGAAAUAAAAAAAAAAUUUAUUAAAGAAAAAUGAAAUAUAAUUGUUCGCCUUUUUUGUACAAUAAAUUCCACUUUUGUAUUUUUUAAUAAAAAAUAUUAACAUCUUAUAAAGAAAAAGAAUAUUUGUAAUAGAAAUUAUUGAGAUAAUGUGAAAGAAAUGAAAAAAAAAAUAUGAUUAUUACUCAAAAUAAAUUUAACUUUUAAGACAAAAAAAUCUUGGAAAAAAUACAGUAAAUAUUAAUUAUUGAAAAACUAAUAUUGAAAUUGUUAUUAUUACUUUUUUAAACACAAAUUUUCAUUAAUUAUAUUUGUUGUCCCUCUCUGUUUUAUUGUUUUAACAAUUCUUUUUUAUGUAAUAAAUUAUAGAAAAAGAAGAGAAAAUAGAUACAUGUCAAUUAAAUAAAGAAAAAAUUCGUUCGUUUUAAUGUUAACUUUAAACGUUUUCUUUUUUUUUUAAAUUAUUAUUAUUAACCCAUGCGAAUACCACGGAGAAUCACUAAAAUAUAAAAUUGAAAGAAAUAAACUAUUUAUAAAAAAAUUUAAAGAAAAAAAAUAGCGAUAAAACCUUGUUAUUCUUUCUGGAAAAGAAAUUUUGCAUUCAUAAUGAAAAGAAAAAAAAAGAAUUGUGUUCUAGUAGUGAAGAAAAAAGCGAAAAAAGCAACCACAUAAUUUGUAGAUGCUUCCGAAAUUUCAAUAAUAAAUAAAAAGAAAAAAUAUAAUAUAUAAAA